GCCCACACGGUUUCCCAUCAGAGCACAGCCCUCCGUCACAUGGUCCGCUGUUGGUUUUCACCCAGGACAGGGAAGCUGGAGGACUAACAACACUGGACGCAGAGGAGGAAAAACAGCGUGCUUCUCCUUUAGCAAAGAUUGAAAAAAAAUAACGUGGCUUGAGAGUAAUUUCUUUGCCCUGGAGAGAAUGACUUCUGCCAGUUUUUGUUAUUUUGUAGCGCUAUAAAGUGAAAACUCCGCCAUAUUCAGCCCACCACGCCCGGGGAGCUCAGCCAGCAGGGGGGAAGUGUAAUCCAGGAGAAAUGAUUCUGAGCUCCGUGGGGGCUUGCUGCCUCAGCCCAGAGGCCAAAGAGGCUCGCAGGAUCAACGAUGAGAUUGAGAGGCAGCUCCGCCGGGACAAGAGGGACUCCCGACGGGAAUACAAGCUGCUCCUGCUCGGAACUGGUGAAAGUGGAAAGAGCACUUUCAUCAAGCAGAUGAGGAUCAUCCACGGUCGCGGAUACUCUGAUGAGGACAAGAGAGGCUUCACCAGGCUGGUCUACCAGAACAUCUUCACAGCCAUGCAGGCCAUGAUCCAGGCCAUGAACACAUUACAGAUCCCCUACAAGUAUGAAAUCAACAAGGCCAACGCCAGUAUUGUAAGUGCAGUUGAUGUGGAGAAGGUCACAACAUUAACAAACCCUUAUGUGGAUGCCAUCAAGAGCCUGUGGAGUGACCCGGGGAUUCAGGAAUGUUACAAUCGGAAGAGGGAAUACCAGCUCUCAGACUCAGCCAAAUACUAUCUGAAUGACUUCGAUCGGAUUGCUGCUACGCCUUAUCUGCCAACGCAGCAAGACGUUCUGAGGGUCAGGGUGCCCACAACAGGUAUUAUAGAGUACCCCUUUGACAUGGAGAACGUGGUGUUCAGGAUGGUGGAUGUGGGUGGCCAGCGUUCAGAGAGGAGGAAGUGGAUUCACUGCUUUGAGAAGGUCACUUCCAUCAUGUUCCUGGUGGCACUCAGCGAGUACGAUCAGGUCCUCGUUGAGUCCGUCAGUGAGAAUCGCAUGGAGGAAAGCAUGGCCUUGUUCCGUACAAUCAUAACCUACAAGUGGUUCAAAGAGUCCUCGGUCAUCUUGUUCCUCAACAAGAAAGAUUUGCUGGAGGAGAAAAUCAUGUACUCGCAUUUGGUCGACUACUUUCCUGAAUAUGACGGUCCCCAGCGGGAUGUCGAAGCCGGAAAAGAAUUCAUUUUAAAUAUGUUUGUCUCCCUCAAUCCAAACGAGAAAAAAAUCAUCUACUCCCACUUCACCUGUGCCACAGACACGCGCAACAUUCGAUUUGUCUUCCGCGCGGUGAAGGACCACAUCUUGCAGGGCAACCUGGAAGUCUACAACCUGGUUUAAAAACAGUGGUGUGUACUGCUGUAAUUCAAUGGGCUUUGUACAGCUGGCAGUCAGGAGAGCUCUGCAGUGAUUCAGUUUGCCUCACGCUGCUGCUGAACACUUAAAUCCAAAACAGGACAUUGAGAAGCUACAGAGCAUGUCGCCAAAUGACUGUACUACUGAUGUAUUUCAAAUUUUCCUGUUAGGCUCUUUGAAAAUGGAUGUCUCCAACUAUAAUGAAGUGUGUCCUGGCAAUUAAAGUGCUGCUUUAGUGAGGAGUCUAUUAUAGCAUGCACUCUGAAAUUUAUAGAGCUCUUUGUGAACGUUUUCAAGCAGUAACAGUAGAAAUACACAUUGAUGGAUUGAAGGGAGGGGCUAUUUCUAUGCCCUCAAAAGACUCCGAGGACUUGUAAUGUUCUAGGUUUCUCCUUCAGGGAAUCUGUGGAAGUGAAUGUAGACUUAACUGCAAUGCAGCACUUCACAUCACUAACCCAAGUUGGUCAUAGUUUAUUUUUUUAAGUUAAAAAACUAUUUGAAAUACUCUAAUCAGUUUGUGUCUUGGCUUAGUGGUUAAAUGAGUCAUAAUUAACACUAAUGACACACUUACUUUAUUUCAUGUGUUGACACUGUGCAUUUUAUGUUCCAUAUGCGUGUCUCUCACAUAGUUGUGUACUAUCAUUUCAGCAAGUUCAUUUCAAGUUUCACCAAAGUUGGUACACUUUGAAUAUGUCUGUCAUGGCAUUAUUCAGUCCUAAACCACUUUUUAUUAGCACAAUAUUAAUAUUUUAUGCAACUUAACACACACAUUUCAAAGGGAAUCCUGCUGUUUCAAAGGGAAUCCUGCUAGAUUCUGCUACACUGGCAUUCUUUCAAGUCUUAGUUUGUUAAAGCUAUAGAAUUAAGUGAUCAGGGACUAUGUGAUUUGAGUAUUUUCCUACCUGAAAUAAAAAACAAAAACAUUUGCCCCAUUAUUUAUCUGAAUGCAUUUUGUAAAUAUAACAUGGUACAGUAUGUUUUCGUCACCUUUAGCUGCAUCAGGGUCAGUGUUGUUGAAAGGCUAACUAACUACUGAAGAGGGAACUGUUGUUAAAUAAUCUCUGAGGCAUUAAACUAGUGCCUUUUUCAUCUUAAUCAUAUGCUGUUCAAGGGUAUCAAAUGCAUGAAUAAAAAGCUAAUGAGAGCGUAUCCACGGCACUAAUGUUUACACGACCCUCUCUUCUUGUUAAAAAUAAUUACAGCCUAAUUUGAAAUGGUUUAAUUUAUGGUUCACUGUCACUGGGAUAUCUUAAUGCAGUCUUACUGUUUUGUAAUGUAAUUGGAUAAAUAAAAAGACAUUUUGCUGUUCA